CACCGUGCAGAGACUCGCCCUCUCUCUCCCCCUCUCUCUCUCACUGACUAGCCCAGAACCACCGACGACCGAGCGCGGAGAACCCGCCUUCUUGGUCUCGCUUAUGCUCUUUUGGGUCGAGGAAAGGGAGUCUGCAACGCCCUGGCUUUAGUUUUAAGCUCCGUUUUCUCCAUUUGCAGUGCGCCAUUGGACCUUGUCACGAUACCAGACAGUAUACCCACAAAUGAAUGGAGACAUGGAGGCAACCACCCAAAGCCAAGUUUGGGCACAGGAUGACCUCCUAAACCUGCUGGAGGCCAUGAAAGUGGCCCUGCCUCCAAAAGAUGUGACUAAAUACAAAACAUCAGAGUCCCACCUCGACUGGCAGAAGGUGGCCUUCAAUUCCUACACAGCAGACAUGUGUAAGCAGAAGUGGCAGGAGGUCUCUAAAGAGAUUCGUAAAUUUCGAACCCUAACAGAGCUGAUAGCUGAUGCCCAAGACUACAUCAAAAACCCUUACAAGGGCAAGAAAAUAAAGAAACACCCAGAUUUCCCCAAGAAGCCUUUGACUCCGUACUUCCGCUUCUUCAUGGAGAAGAGGGCCAAGUACGCAAAGUUGCACCCAGAGAUGAGCAACCUAGACCUAACUAAAAUCCUCUCCAAGAAAUACAGGGAGCUGCCUGACAAGAAAAAGAAAAAAUAUGUUGACGACUUCUUAAGAGACAAAGAAACAUUUGUGCAUAGCAUGAUGAAGUUCAGGGAAGAACACCCAGACCUUGUGGAGAGCAUGACAAAGAAAGGUUCAAAUGUCCCAGAGAAGCCUAAGACACCCCAACAGCUGUGGUACAACCACGAAAAGAAGGCCGUCCUCAAGACACGCCCAGAUGCGACCACCAAAGACAUUAAGGACAGUCUUGGCAAACAGUGGACACAGCUGUCUGACAAGAAGAGACUCAAAUGGAUCAUUAAGUCUCUUGAGCAGAGGAAACAGUACGAGGAGACAAUGCGGGAGUACAUCCAGCAGCACCCAGAGUUAAACAUGACCCAAGAUGACAUCGUAAAGUCCACCCUGACCAAGGCUGAGAGGCACUUGAAAGACAAAUCUGACGGCCGGCCUGACAAACCACCUCCAAAUGGUUACUCAAUGUUCUGUGCUGAGUUGAUGUCGAACAUGAAAGACGUACCCAGCACAGAGCGUAUGGUGAUGUGUAGCCAGCGGUGGAAGCUACUGAAACAGGCUGAGAAGGACGCCUACCAGAAACGCUGUGAAAUGAGGAAAAAGGAGUAUGAAAUUGAGAUGAACAGAUUUCUCAGUAGUUUGUCAGAGGAGGAACAGCAGCGGGUUUUGUCUGAGGAGAAGAUAGGAUUUAAGAGGGGCGGUGGAGCCAACAGUCCUGCCUCCAAAAAGAAGAACUCUAAAGCAAAGGCCAGUCCAGAGAAACCCAAAAGGCCAAUUUCAGCCAUGUUCAUCUUCUCUGAGGAGAAGCGUCCUAAACUGCAGCAGGAGAGGCCAGACCUUGCUGACAGCGAGCUCACAAGACUCCUGGCCCGCAUGUGGAACGAGCUGCCGGAUAAGAAGAAGGAGAAGUAUAAACGCCUAGAAACAGUCCUGAAGGCAGAGUCAGAGAAGAAGGAGAAGGAGGACCGUAGUCGUCUGCCCGACCCACCCAAGACUGCACAAGACAUCUGGCAGCAGAGUGUCAUAGGAGACUACCUGGCUAGAUUUAAGAAUGACCGGCCAAAGGCACAGAAAGCAAUGGAAGCAACCUGGAGCACCAUGGAGAAAAAAGAGAAAAUUAUGUGGAUCAAAAAGGCAGCAGAGGACCAGAAAAGAUACGAGAGAGACCUGUGUGAGAUGCGCUCACCUGCUGCUGCUGCCAUUGCCUCAGGGAAGAAGAUGAAGUUUGAGGGUGAACCCAAGAAACCACCAUCAAACGGAUAUCAGAAGUUCUCCCAGGAGAUGCUUUCCAACGGAGAGCUGAAUCACCUCCCAAUGAAGGAGCGGAUGACUGAGAUCGGAAGCCGCUGGCAGAGGUUACCACUGAAGGAUAAGGAGCGCUACAAGAAGAUCGCUGAGGAGAAGCAGAAACAGUACAAAGUCCUACUGGAACAGUGGCUCGCUAGCUUGUCUUCACAAGAGAGAAACACUUACAAAGAAUAUAAUUCACAAAAACGGAGAUGUCCGGCAAAACCAGGAGGCCCCAAGGCAAAGUCCAAGAAAUCUGAAACUGAGGAGGAGGAUGACGAUGAGGACGAGGAUGAAGAUGAUGAGCAGGAGAAGGCUUCCUCUGAAGCAGACUCAUCCAGUGAGGAUGACGACGAUGAUGAUGACGACGACGACAAGGACGAUGACGAUGAUGAUGAAGAAGACGACGAAGAUGAUGACGAGGCGGAAGACAAGGAGAACAAGUCAGAGGACAGCAGCAGUGAAUCAAAUUCACAGGGGUCGUCAGACUCUGAUUCGGACUGAAACAGGCCGUUGUCGUCGAGACGUACUGAGCAGCGCUGAGCUGAGCCAAGAGUCAAGGGAGCUCUGCCACUGUGCCAACCCUGCUCUCCUCCCACCACCAGGGGGAGCCCCUGCAUUGCCUCAUCCACUUCACACUCACCCACUUUAUGUUGCUGCGUUGGUGACCCCACCCAUAUGUCCAAAAUGCGUUUGAUUCCCUCCCCGGUGUGAAGGUCAUCUCACAGCACGGGGCCGCUUAUGUUAUGCCAAAAACAGCAUCCCACUGGUUUGGUGAUGUUGUGAACAUUUCUGCCGCUGGUUUCAAUCUUGACUUACAGGUUCAUUGGUUUAUGGUUAGAGUUUUAAAGCUGAGGGUGAUGAAUAACUCUCCAGUGUUUAUUUUAUUAUUCUGAUAAUUAGUUGAAGACGGGUGGCAUGAGUUGUGAACAGGCUUUCAUAGAGCCAAAGAACAUAGUAUGGUGGAUUACUUUAGGAAGGGGGGGUUGCAGGGUACUGAAAAAUUGCACUCUUCAGAAUGUUUCCAUUACACUUUUUUUUUUUUUUUUUCAGAACAUUGUCGCGUUGUUCUCGAUUCUCAAUUUAUGAUGUAGAUUUUAUCAUUUGGUUCUUAAAGAGGUGGUAUUUUUUCAGGAAAAAAAUCAAGCCAUUUUGAAUGUCUUUUUGUUGCUGGAAAUGUUCAGAACUUGUUACUUACCCAUGUUCUCAUUUAAAACAAAACAGUGCCUAUAUAAAGUAUUCACCCCCUCUUGGACCUUUCCAUGUUUUAUUGUUUUGCAACGUUGCACCAAAUAGAAAGUAAUAAGGCUUUGAUACUUAUUAACAGACAAUUACUAUUUAAAGGAAUCCUGCAACAUUUAGGUGAAAGUUAAUGUAGCUUUAAUGUGCUUUCUAAAUGAGAGCAAACCUGACCAAACUCCCGCUGUGGUGUGACAUUUCAACGCAGAACGGAAACAGUCAUUUGUCAUCUGACCUUCAGUGAGGCGGCAACAAGCUAUGGGAAUUUUCCCAUAAUGAGUUUUCCGGUAAUGUCACAAGGAAAACAAAUCUCUACAGAUUUAUCUAAAUUAAAUGCAAGAUUAAACAAAAAGAUUACACAAUUAUUCACCCUCUUAAAUAUUUAGUAGAAGCACUUUUUGGCAGCAGUUACAGCCUUGAGUCCAUGUAAAUCAGUCUCUCUGCUUCCCCCCUCGUUUCUUUUUGCAAAACUGCCCAAUCAUGGUGUAUAAGGUAUAAGUGUGCAGCAGUUUCAAGUCCUGUCACAAAAUCUCUAUAGGAUUUAUUUUGAACCCACUAAUGCUGUGCUUCUAGCACCAACACCACAUGCUCUGAGCAGAUUUGGAGCUUUUUUACUUUUAUUUUUUUUAUGAUUGGCUUUACUGUGUGAGUGUUCCUUUUAUCUUAAUCGUGAGGCUUUUAUUAAAAGGUACAGAUACAGGUGUAGUUACUGGUCACCCUCUUAAUUAAAAAUCUGGCUUAAUCUCCAUUCAACAUCCAUGAAAUAUGAAAACAUUUACUUGUACCAGUCAAUCCUUAUGUAAUCAGUUGUUUUUGUUUUGUUUUAGGGCUUAAUUUAGCCUAAUCUGUGUCUGUUUUCACUUUGACAUUAAAAAGUGUCCAAAAAAAGCCUGAUUACGUUCAUGAUGCUUCAGAGAUUAAAACAUUGGAAGGGGCCAUGGGAAGUGAAUACUUUUGAUAGGCACUGUAGGAUCCAUUGCCAUGCGUCUGUCAUUGAAAGGUGUCAUUUAUCAAACGUAACUGACAUGUACACAAAUCCAUCAGUCUGAAACAAUUCUGUUUGACUGAGCAGUUUGUUCUGGCCUGACCGUAAUAAACAGUGUUUAUUGUUUAACCAGAGCAGUUUGUCAUUGAAGGGAUAACACUUGUUUCCCACCUAUAGAGCUCAAACUGACGGCGUUUUUAAAGAAUAUGUCACGCGGGUGGUGUAUUGUUUCAUUUACGGUUUAUUUGAAUUGUUAAUAGGUUUGUUUUAAUUGUGUUUUGAUCCAUCUGGAAUCAUUCGUGGAUGAUUGAACUGAAUGGUUUUCAUCGUGUAUUUUUUUUUUCCUCGAGUUUGUUUAGAAACGUUAAUGGUAUUGACUGUAAUCCAAGUGGGUUGUAGUCAGAUGCUUAUCCCAAAAAAGUGUGCACUUAACGUAAAUCUGUCCCUCUGUGUGAGUUUGUGUGCAAUAUAUGCACAGAACUGUGUAUAUAUGAGGGUGUGAGUGUGUGUUUCUUUGCUUUAAUGUGUGCUGUUUUUACUGUUUUGUUGCAUACCAUGAUGUGACUGCAGUGUGCAUGUAUGUGCCUGUGUAGGGACAUCAUACCAACACCAUGAAUGUAGAUAUUGUUAAAUCUUUUUAAUGUUUUUUUUUUCCAAAGGUCUUUAGUAAUGUUUUGCUGUCAUGUCAUUGAUUAACUGAAAACAGACUGAUAAGAUUUCCAUGACAUGUCAUUUUGGGUCCACUGACAGAUGAGUACAUGGCAACUAUUAACGAUCUGUUAGUAAUGGACUGAUUUUGAUCAUUAUGAAUCUCAUUACUGUCUGAAACAAAACCAGCGUGGACUAUUUAAAUGAUUUUGGGGAGGGAAAAGGAACGUGGUUGCUGAUACUGAUCGAGGGGAGUUUGUAAAAGGGAUUUGGGGAACUGAGUUGCCAGAGAAAUUGGGCUUCAAAUAUGUUGUAAAUACUGUUUGUUUUUUUUGUAUUGAGUGCUUAUUGUUUUGUUAGUGCGUUAAGUUGGCAAAACCCUCAUCUGUGACUUCCGAGGCCAGUGAGUUUUUCACUCACGGUGGGGGGAAGUUUUUGGUUUAAUUCACCUGUUUUAAUUGUUUCUUCACUUCCUUAUGUUGGUUUAUAGAGAUAUCUAAGACAGCAAAGCUUUACAGGUUUGUACUGCUGAUCAUUUGACAAAAAUUGAUGUUUUCUAUAGCUGAGGGUGUUCUUAUGUCCUUGUAGUAAGUCUUUGGGCAAAUAAAAAAUGAUCUUUAACAGUU